AUGCAUAUUUCUUCCCUUCUUACCGGGUUGGCUCUCGGGUCGGUUCUGGCUACUGCCGAGCCCAUCCGUCGUUCCACCUCGAAGUACCCCGUGAUCAAGACCAACAAGGGUUCCGUUCAAGGUAUCGCCUCUGAAUACCGCGACGAAAUCACCGUCUACAAGGGUAUUCCUUUCGCAGCCACUACUGGUGGCGAGAACCGUUGGAAGGCACCCAAGGCUCGCGAGGCCUGGUCAGGCGUGAAGAAGGCCGACUCCUUCGGCGCUCAGUGCGCACAGACUACUUCUUCCUCCGCUGGAAUCUUCAACACUGCCUCCAACAUCACUAGUGAGGACUGCCUGUUCCUCAAUGUCUGGACUCCCACAUACAACGAAACCAGCGACUUGACUUCCAAGAACCUGCCCGUCUACGUCUGGAUCUACGGAGGUCGUUUCGAAGCCGGAUCUGGAGACGUUCUCACCUACGAUGGCUCCGGUCUUGCCAGCAAGGACAUCAUUGUUGUUACCCUGAACUACCGUGUCGGUCCUUUCGGAUUCUUCGCUCAUCCUGAGCUCUCUGCCGAGUCUGGUCACAACAGCUCUGGAAACUAUGGUCUGCUGGACCAGCAGUUCGCCCUCCGGUGGGUCCAGGAGAACAUUGCUCAGUUCGGUGGUAACCCCGAGCAGGUCACCGUCGGUGGCCAGUCCGCUGGAUCUUCCAGCUCCCUCGAUGCUAUGUUCUCCCCUCUCGCUAAGGGCCUGAUCAACGGUGUGAUCUCCGAGUCUGGUGCUCGUGGUCCCCACGACCCUAUUACCGGAAGUGACGCUACUAGCUACCGCACCAAGGCCCGUGCCGAGGCUCAGGGUGUGGCUUUCCAGAAGGAAAUGAACAGCUCCUCUAUUGCCGCCAUGCGAAACCUGUCCAUGGAUUCCCUUCUCGCCUAUGCCUCCCUCAGUGACACCAUCUUUGUCGGAACUCAGUUUGAAAACCUUACCGAUUCGUUUAUGGAGCCUCCCCUCUGGCGUCCUAACAUCGAUGGCUACGUCCUGACCCACAACUACGGCCAGUCUCUUGACUUGAACGCCCACUCCGACGUCCCCAUUUUGACCGGUAACAACGCCGACGAGUCCGGUGCUGCUACUACUACCGCCUUCAGCGCUGCUGAAUACAAGAAGCUGUACACUGAGAUGUUCGGCGACUUCGCUGAUGAAUUCUUCACUCUCUACCCCGGUGAUAACGAGACCCAGGCCAGCGAGAACAGCAACGAGCUCUUCCGUGAUCUCAGCCGUGUCGGUACUUGGCGCUGGGGUGUCGACUGGACUGCUGGUGGUGCCAAGAGCAGCGUCUACACUUACUACUGGACCCACACCCCGGCCGAGGAUUCCUCUGCUGGCGCCUACCACGGCAGUGAGCUGUGGUAUGUGUUCAACAACAUUCCUUACUCCGAUUACUCCAACGUUACCUGGACUCCCCGCGACUACAAGAUCGAAGAGAAGAUGGCCAACUACUGGGCCAACUUCAUCAAGACCGGUAACCCCAACGGCGACGGACUGACUCACUGGCCCGAGACCACCACCACCAAGAACGUCAUGUGGCUCGGUAACUCCUGGGGCGCUGGUGUUUUGUCCAAGUCUGAGGCCCGCAUUGAUUUCAUCAAGCGCUGGGAGGCCACUCUCCAGCAGUGGUAA